UGUUUCAGAAAGCAAAGAUGGUUGCCUAUAACCCACAUUACGACCGCGUUCUCUACGAGCUACCUCCAUUUGAGAAAGUUCUCCAUUCAUCAUUUCUAGCCCCAUUUCUGACCUAUUUCGCAUUCUUUCGUCUUGCCAGUUUAUUUGUGAAGACGUUCAUGUGGCAAAGCUACUCAGGCUUCAAAAAAUAUCGCCUCCAAAAUCUAUCAAUUUGCCUUCUACAUUCCACCAUUUCUGGAUUAUGGUCUACAUUAUUUUUCCUCACACAUAUUCACGACAUGUUCGAAAACGUCACUUACUACUAUGAAACAUGGGCUGCACAGCUUCCAAUCAUCUCCGUGGCGUACUUCACACAUGAUGCGCUUGAUAUGCUGAAUCACGAAUGGUCGCGGUGGACACUCGAGUUGUUGCUACACCACAUCGCAACUUGCCUCGCAUUGCUAACAGGUCUUCUAGCGCGAAGAUUUCUACUCGCAGACUACUGGGCUAUUCUUAUGGAGGGCAACAGCAUAUUUUUGCACACUCGAACGAUAAUGCAAAUCUCAGGGCUAUCGUUGCAGCAGCCAGAUCUAUUCAAGCGUAUCGUACGCUGCAAUGUCAUAUCCUUCGUGAUCUUCCGAUUCAUCUCACAAGCAAUCUACGUGCGUUGGGCUCUGACUCAAAUAAAUAAAUUGCACCCGUUCUACGUUUCCGUAGCUGUGGGAGGACCAGCAAUAUUCCUCAUCAUCAACGGAAUGUUAUUCUUCAGAAUUUUAGUAUCAGAUGGUUAUUUGGAUAAACGAUGGAAAGCUAGGGCAGCAAUCAACAGAGAUGACGACAAAGACGAUCCCAAAACUGAGAAGAAGGCAUUGUGAAUAGGUCUUCGAGAAAACACAAAGCAUUUUACAAGAAUUACGGUUAAGAAAUUUACUUAUGAAAGUACUAUCAACUCCUUAAUGGGUAUGUAAAUAAUUUUGUGUUAUG